AAAGGAAAUGGGAAUCCGCCACCCCGCUUUUGCAAGAGCUGCCUCCCGUGCGUACCAUGGGGCGGCUCUUCGCCCUCCCCCACGGCAGCAGCGACUUCUAGUCAAUCAAGCUCCAUCGGCGACGAGGUGCGGCAGCCUGACCCGGCGAGGAAGUUCCAUAGCCGACCAACAUCAGCCAGGGCAAAAAACCAUGGAAGUCGUGACGGGGGCGCUGCCAAGCGUCAUCAAGAAGCUCGCUGGUCUGGCCGCCGGCGAGUACAAUCUGCAGAAGGGGCUGAAGGGGGAGAUCAAGUUCCUGCAAGAAGAGCUUGAGAGCAUGAAGGGUGCGCUGGUUGACAUCUCCAGGACUCCGGCAGACCAGCUUCCCAGUAAGGACAGGAUCUGGUCCAGGAAUGUGAGGGAGCUAUCCUACGACAUAGAGGAUAGCAUUGACACAUUCAUGGUGCAAUGCAAGGCAAAAGGCUGGGCACACAGCAUGGGCUAAAAAAGGUCAUUGAUAGGAGCCUCAACUUGUUGAUGCAGCCCAAGGUUCGCCAUAAGAUUGCUACUGAAACCAGAGAGAUCAAGAGCCAUGUCAUGGAGGUGCACGAGAGGCGGCGCAGGUAUGAGGUCAACCUUGGUGUUGACAAACCUGUUACGGUCGACCCUCGUUUAUUCACUCAGUACACAGAGGUGAAAGAGAUUGUUGGAAUUGAUGAGGUGAGGGAUGAGUUAAUCAAUUAUAUUUUGACAGAAGAGAAUGAUGUUCCCAUGAAGCAAGGCAAGAUAUUUUCCAUUGUUGGAUUUGGAGGCCUGGGAAAGACAACUCUUGCUAAUGCAGUUUAUGACAAGAUUAGAACACAAUUCGAUUGUUGUGCUUUUGUUGCUGUAUCACAAACUCCUGACUUGAGGAGGUUAUUCAAGGGCUUACUCAAUGAUUUUGGCAAGAAUAUCAAUGAAGAAAUAUUGGAUGAGAGUCGACACAUAAAAGUACUCAGAGAAUUGCUUCAAGACAAAAGGUAUUUCGUUGUUGUGGAUGACAUAUGGGAUAUCUCAGAUUGGAAAAGGAUUAGAUGUGUAGAAAUGAAGUGAGCGACAAAAUGAUCUUACCGCUGUUGAUUACUAUGAUUUAAUGAUGGAUAAUAUCAAUGAAGUGAGCGACAAGCGGUUGUAAGCUUUGAAGGAAAUUAAGAAAGACAAGCUUCGGGUGGCUAUAGCUUACCACAAGAAGGUAAGAGCAAAUUUUUUUCAGGUUGGUGAGCUGGUUUGGAAGACAAUAUUGCCUCUCGGGACGAAGAGUAACAAGUUCGGUAAGUGGUCGCCAAAUUGGAAAGGACCGUACAAGAUCAUCAAUGUUAUCUUCGGCAAUUCUUAUAUGAUGGAGAUGCUGCAAGAAGAACGUCUUCCAAGGGCUCUUAAUGGAAGAUACUUGAAGAAAUACUAUCCCAGUGUGUGGCAAGACGCUUGAAGACGAAGAUGGCCGGUAUGGAGUAUCGCCCUUUGCAUUAUUUUUUAGCCUUGUGUUUUCUGUAUAAAUCAUGUAUCUAGGCUAGUGUCUGGUACUUAUUUUUUGGCUUGCAAUGCUGACCAAAAAACAGGGGGCAUAUGUUGGCGGCCAAAAUUGGCAGUCUGCCGAGGCCGACCGGUCUGGUCUGUGCAAUCCGAAUCAGGGUAGAUUUUGUAAUCUAGAGUCCGUUUGUAAUCCGAUUUGGAAGGGGUACGUUCUCCCCGGCCUAUAAAUAUAAGGGCCACGGUCGAUUGAGGUCCUACUACCCAAUCAAAUCAAAAUCAAUCUACUAUUUUACCUUUUCUCUCAAA